UCUCCUAACAUAUCUACACAGCUAUAUCCUGUAAAAUACGUAAGGACCCUGCUGUGUCUGGGCUGUAUGGUACAGACUCCUCUCCUAACAUAUCUACACAGCUAUAUCCUGUAAAAUACGAGACCUGCUGCCCGUCAUGUGUGAGAGAGCAGGCUUUCAACAGGAGACCAGCCUUAUCCUCUAUGAGGAAGUGAAGCCUAAUUUAACAGAGCGGAUACAGGACUACGACGUGUCACUGGACAAGGCCCUGGAUGAACUGAUGGACGGAGACAUCAUCGUCUUCCAGAAAGACGACCCAGAGAACGACAGCAGUGAGCUGCCCACAGCCAAGGACUACUUCCGGGAUCUCUACCACCGAGUGGACGUUAUCUUCUGUGACAAGACCAUCCACAACGACCCCGGCUUUGUUGUCACACUCUCCAACAGGAUGAACUACUUCCAGGUGGCGAAGACGGUGGCUCAGAGGUUGAACACAGAUCCCAUGCUCCUCCAGUUCUUCAAAUCCCAGGGGUAGGACUGCCGUCACACACAUGGAC